AUGGCGCCUUCAAACCUUCUCGUCGGCAAGACUGCCAUCAUCUCGGGCGGCACAACGGGCAUUGGCCGUGCCAUUGCCCUCGAGUACCUCCGUCAGGGUGCCAACGUUGUCGUCAACCACCUCGGCCUCGAGAAGGACCAGCCUCACCUCGACUCGCUCAUCGCCGAGGCCGCGUCGGCGCCAGGCCGCCUCGCACACCUGACAGGCGACAUCCGCGAGCCGGCGACGGCGGCGGCGACGGUCGAGCUGGCCGUGCAGCACGCGGGCAACGGGCGCCUCGACAUUUGCGUGUCCAACGCCGGCAUCUGCACGUUUGCCGAGUUCCUCGACCUGACGCCCGACCUCUUCACGCGGACGGUGCGCACGAACCUCGACGGCGCCUUUUACUUUGUCCAGGCCGCGGCGCGCCAGAUGGCCGCCCAGUCGCCGCCCGGCGGCAGCAUCAUCGGCGUCUCGUCCAUCUCGGCCCUCGUCGGCGGCGGCCUGCAGACGCACUACACCCCCACCAAGGCCGGCGUGCUGUCCCUCAUGCAGAGCACCGCCGUCGCCCUCGGCAAGCACGGCAUCCGUUGCAACGCCCUGCUGCCCGGCACCAUCAAGACCCAGCUCAACGAGGACGACCUCAACGACGACGCCAAGCGCACCUACAUGGAGGGCCGCAUCCCCCUCGGCCGCACCGGCGUGCCUCAUGACCUGGCCGGCCCCGCCGUCUUCCUCGCCUGCGAUGAGCUGAGCGGCUACGUCACCGGUGCGCAGCUGCUCGUGGACGGCGGCCUGUUUGUGAACCUGCAGUGA